AUGGAAUAUAUUUUUUAUAAAAAGGAUAUUAAACAAAUUUGGGAUUUGAAAGGAUCUCUUCGAAAUAGACUAGCCUCAACAAAAUCUUCAUCUAAUUUAAAUCAAGAUGGAAGUAUUUAUCCUUCUGCUGUCCUUUUAGACGAAAAUUACCUUCAAGAUAUUUGGAGAAACCAAAUAUAUUUACUUCCACAUUCAAAAACUUUACUUAGCCAAGCAAUUAUUAACGACAGCAAUUUUCUUGCAAAUCAAGGUAUUAUGGAUUACAGUCUUUUGGCUGGAAUAUCUCGUGGGCAAGAAGAUGAAGUUAUUGUUGGAAUUGUUGAUUAUAUGAGAACAUUUACUUUGGAUAAAAAAGUUGAAAGUCUUGUUAAAACUGCCCUUCCGAUGAGUAAUUUGCCAACUGUUAUUUCUCCAGAACAAUACAGAAAACGAUUUUAUGAACGUAUUGAUGGUUAUUUUGCAAUUGCACCAGAUCAAUGGACUAGUGGAUAG